GUCUCGAAUCAUUGACAGCAAUCCCAUCAUUGACAAUUAUCCUAGCAUCCACGUGGCCAAAUCCCCUUCAAUCUCAUAGACCUGCUGGACCAGAUAAUGGUGCACUUAGUUCGGUGCAGGCAAAUCUACCACCGCUGGGUAUCGUCCAGGAUGCGCAGGAGCUUACCACCAACGCCCAUGCAUUCCACAAACAAGCAUAUGAGCUAUUGCGGGAAAAGGCGGAUUUUGCGAGACGAGUGUAUGACCACGCAUCCCUAUCUUCACUGGACAAGGUUCGGCGAGUUUCCGAUAAAGUUGCAGAGCUCGAAGAAAUCGAACCACCUCAAUUUGAUACCACCGACUUAUCCCAGUAUAUCGAGCGUGUAGCGGAUAUGUUGUGUCACCUCGCCAGCGAUCCCGACAAUUUCUCGGCGGAAGACUAUCGCAACGUACUCCGGGAGGUCAACGACAAGAACCUCAGUUCGAGUGACAAAAUGCAACAAUACUAUCUCCGACUCUAUUCUCGCCCACGGGAUCAAGCCAUGGAAGAGUUUCGCCGUUAUAUGGAGGCCCAGCCGGUAGACAUGGCCUGGGCUGCUUAA